AUGUAUGUGACAGCAAAGGAAAAAUACUAUCUAAUUUCCUAUGGUGAUUCUGAUGAUGAUCCUGUAAGAAGUGAAGUGGUGUCGAUCUUUCAAAGCAAUCACGAGGAAGCAGACACGCGAUUACUACUCCAUGCCAAACAUGCUGCAGCAACAUACGAUAGGAUCAUAAUCAAGAGUCCUGAUACAGAUGUGUUUAUUUUGUCUAUUGCCAUGCAACCUGCAUUUCCAAAAGAACUUUACAUGAUGGCUGGCACAGGAAACAGCUUAUGUUUUGCUGCAUACAAGUGUCAACGAUAUCCAAUAACUUGGCAUUCACAGGUUCAUAAUAACAAUAUAUUAACCAAACAACGCUAAACGUGCCUAAUGCUACAAACAUAACUUUUGAAACUAACUUUCAUUAUAUAUUGUAUACAAAGUCUUGAGCUUCGUGCUAAAGGCUAAUCUACUUCCACUCGGGGGAUUUUCCCGCUUGAUAGGAACAGACAGGAAUAAGUUCUCUUUGUCUUGUAAGCUCUCGGUUGGAGAAAAUAACUUAAACACAAAAAAACUUUCCUUUCUGUUGCUUUCAUGCCCAGUUUUGCAGACGAUUUACCUCAGUGGAAAGUAGCCUUAACAAGACGUUGUUUUAACUUUUAGGAUGUGACAGCACAAGCUCUUUUCAUGGAAAAGGAAAGAAAACAGCUUGGAAAACACUUGUAACCUUUCCAGAGUUUGUUGAAUGCUUUUCGAUGCUUGGAAGAGAUUUUCCUCCUGGAGAAGAACUUAUCAAUGGCUUAAACAAGUUCACCUGCCGACUAUAUGGAGAUAAAGAAUCAACAACCGUGGACAAUUGUAUGUACACACUGUUUUCCUCUGGGAAAUGCUCGCAUUAUGUAUUGCCUCCAACCUGUGACAGCCUUGUUCAACAUAUCCUCAGAGCGAAUUUCCAAACAUCAUCAAUGAUGCCAAUGUUUAAGUGCUGAAGUUAUUGUCCCUCCUCCAGUUGAUAAUGGUUGGAAUCUCGCAAAUGGGGAGCUGGCAAUUGUUUGGAUGACACACCCUUCUGCCCCGCAAUAUCGUUGCUUGAGUGUCUUGAUUGCAGAUGCAAGACAGGAUGCAAGUCAAUGCGCUGUUCCUGCAGAAAAGCGGACUUAA